CACAUAAUGGAAAAAUAUGCCCAAUAGAUGCUUUAUCUAGCUUCUUUAAUAUAGUUAUAGAUAAGUAACAGAGCUGAUUAAUUAUCAGAGAGAUGGGUCAGAGUUUUUGUUGCAUCAAUGAUCCUUGUACUAAAAAUGCAACUCUUGAUAGCAAUAUAAUUAUACAAAGCUAUACAAAUGAUGCUGAUCUUCCACACAAGUGUUCAGAAAUACUAAAAGAUGCAUGUAUUGACGUCCACAGUUACUGCAAGGACAAACUUUAUGACAUGCUCUAUAAAGGAAUACUGAUUUCGGACGGCAAGACCAAGUAUUGGGUAGAUAGAGAGACGGGGAAAAAUUGUUUCAUGUUGUUUGCAAAAAAUCUGGAAAUUAUUGGCCAAACGGAUCAUCGUAACUGGAGCUGGCAGAGAUCCAAAGAAGAUAUGAGAGCUGAAAUCGCUGUGAUGGGAGAAGUGGAGGAACUUUCAGUUCAUGGGAGCUUUAACGCGGAAUUGCUUUCACCAGACACCAAGUAUAAGGUUGAAUUUGUUUUGCGGUUCAGAAAAAGCAAACAUGUUUCUGGCUGGGACAAAAAUCCAGUUAGAACUGUAUUAGUACCACCAGGAAAGACAUGGAAAGAAGCCAUACAAAACAAAGUAAAUUUAGCAAAAAGAGGCUCUGAGGAGCCAUUUGAAAUUCUAGCUGGGGAGUUCUUCAUUCCACAAUUUAUCUCCCAUGAACAAAUUCAGUUUAUUCUGGAUGAAAAGAAGGAGAGGAAAACAGGUCUUGUUAUCAAAGGUGUUAAAAUUACACCUGUCGUUUGAAUAAUUACAUACUCUUUUCAGUUCAAAUUAUAUAUACAUAUAUAAAGAAAUGUACGUACGUGCGUGUUCGUAUACAUGGAUUAAGAUUACAAAUUUCUAAUUCGUUGUCAUCUCAAUAUACUAUGUUCAAUAAAAGAAAAUGUUGAGCCCGUUUG